AUGACUGAAGAUUUGAACACAAACAGUGAUGAAGAUGCAGACGUUGUUAGUGACAGUGAAAGUGCUCAAUCCUUAAUUCAGUAUUAUGUGGAACAAGAAAGAUCACUUUCUCUUCAAAGGACUUAUAUUCUUCAUAUGAGUUGCAGUCAAGGGGUAGCUGACAAACUGUUUCUGGGACUUUCGAAUUGUACCAGUGUAGUAUAUGAUAUAGAAACUUUGUCCAAAGUGGCAUGCCUUUCUGGCCACGAUAGAACUAUAACUGGUGUGAAAGUGGGUGCUGGCGAAGAUGAUGUGGUGUUUACGGCUUCAUUGGAUGGAACCAUCAAAUUGUGGGAUCUAAGAUUGCAUAAUAACAUGGUAAGGGAGUACAAAGAUGCGUCUGAAGGUGAUGAUAAACUAAAACCUAUCAGUUCUUUUGAUAUCUCUUCCAAGAAGACUGUCAUUGCUGCAGGAACAGAACUGUUUGAUGGUGAUGCUUUUAUGCUAUUUUGGGAUGCACGUUCCACUAAACUUUUAGGAGGUUAUUGGGAAUCGCACAGAGAUGAUAUCACUCACAUUCAGUUCCAUCCAUCAAAGAAGGAUUGGCUUGCAACCGGAUCUACAGAUGGUUUGAUGAAUGUGUUCGAUAUCAGCGAGGGCUCUGAAGAUGAUGCUCUGUUAUACAGUAUGAAUACAGAGUCCUCCGUGGACAAAUUACAAUGGUUUAUGUGUCUUAACGAAGUUGAUGGAUUAUCAUGUAUCACUCAUACUCAAGACUUGCAAGUUUGGGAAACUGAUGGAGUUAUUCCUUAUGCGAAGCAUAUGCAGAGGGAUAUUAUUGCGAAAGUCAUGCAUCGCACUAGUUCCGAUUACUGUUACUUGGUUGAUUUUCUCCCUGAGGACAGUGAUGAUGAAGUUUCACUUCUAGCAGGUUCAACUGCUGGAAAAGGAGAGUGUUUGAAGAUGCUGAAAGUACAAAAGAAGACAUUAACUCCUGUAGCAGUUUUUAAUGGGAAUAAGCAGAUAGUGCGCUCAUGUUGUUCUAUCAAGCAAAAAAAUCUUCUUGUAACUGGUGGAGAAAGUGGAUUUUUUACUCUUUGGAAAUCCGAUGGUCUGUCGCAAAACAUUUCUGCAGCAUCUUUGAAAGUUAAAACAAAAUCAAAGCAUUCGAGUGUUGGAAAAAAGCCUUAUUAG